GCCGCCGCUGCCGCCAUUAUGCCAGCCCCUCGGGUCUCAACGAGGCCGGGUGAUGCUCCAGAAUGGGAGACAAACCAAUUUGGGAGCAGAUUGGAUCCAGCUUUAUUCAACAUUACUACCAGUUAUUUGAUAAUGACAGAACCCAACUAGGUGCAAUUUAUAUUGAUGCAAAAUGCCUUACGUGGGAAGGACAGCAGUUCCAGGGGAAAGCUGUUAUUGUGGAGAAGCUGUCUAGCCUUCCAUUCCAGAAAAUCCAGCACAGCAUCAUGGCACAGGACCAUCAGCCCACGCCAGAUAGCUGCAUCAUCAGUAUGGUUGUGGGCCAGCUCAAGGCUGAUGAAGACCCCAUCUUGGGGUUCCACCAGAUGUUCCUCUUAAAGAACAUCAACGAUGCUUGGGUUUGCACCAAUGACAUGUUCAGGCUUGUCCUGCACAACUUCAGCUGUCCUCCUCCCAGCCAGGCACUCAUGCUGUUUCCUCCUCCCUCCUCUUCCUGAUACUAUUCACACUCCUCCAGAUACUCCAAACAUCAUACACAAACGAGCAGGGCUGCGGUGGGAGCGGGUGCAGUGCGCUGCUGCUACCGAGGUAUUGUGCAUGAUGUUUGGAUGCUAGACUAGUUGCAUCUGACAGGAGAAGUUUGUGUUGUACCAGCGCAUGCCUUGGAAAGAUUUAAGUAAUGCAAAAGGUUGUCUUUUUUUUUUUUUUUAAUCUAUUGACGAGUUGC